CCGAUCAAAAAAACCGCGGUAAAGUGGUGAUAACAUUCUUCGAGAGAUUUCUUCAACAUUUUAUUCAACAAAAGACAAAAUUUUGAUUUCCUUUUACAAAAUAUUGAUUUUUUGUGGUUAAAAAUUUAUAUUGCAAUUUCAGUGUAACUUUUACAUUUAAACGUAUUUAGAAUGGAGGAGCUUAUGGCCCAGGUGAAUGAGUUGAAAUUGGCCGUGGACAUAAUGGAUGGAUACAGGGAUCCUUCGACAACAGCAAAUCUGUUAAAUCUCACCAAAAAAAUAGACAACAUGAAGAUGCUCAUAACAAAAUACAAAUCAGUGUUGAAUGACGCGGUAAAGAAACUCGAAGAAGAUAAAAUAGUAGUGCAUAAGCUCGACGAAUUGGAUAAAAGGAUGGAGUAUGUGAUCAAUACAUUUCCAAAGGAACUACUCACCCAGGAGGUCAAUUAUCCUCAACAGGAAUCAAAAUAUGAUUACAUGAAUCAGCAGCUACUCAGCUUGUCGCCUAUUAAUCCAUUGGAACAAACUGACAUGUCACAGAAGGAGAAUAUGAGAAUGUUUGAUACUGGAGUAUCAAAACCACCUGAAAAUAAAUUGGUAUUGACUUGCUUAGAAAAGUCGAAUAUACCGACACCUGAACCGAGAAGGGACCUUGAGGCUUCUGUUAAUUAUGUCACAAACCAUGAAUUUAGCCAAGUUCCACAGUAUAUGAAAGGUCGAUUGAAAUUGUCGGAUAUCAACAGAUUUAUCGACAUUUACAAUAACGUUUUGAACAAGAAAAAUGCACUUUUAACCAAACCUAAAAAAAUGGUGAAAACCAAGCAAGAAAUGGAGCAGUGUGCAAUAUGGAAGCAACAAAUGAGUAACACACUAACAGAUAAUUACUUUUGCACGUUGAAAGACUUUGACACACAAGGGAAAAUCAAACUUGGUAAAAAAGAUUUUUCGAUCUUAACAAUACUGAGGCAUUUGAAGAGAAUCAGGGAAGUUAGAGAAAAAAGUGUAACAUUUUAUGCAGCUUGUUUCUAAUUUCUUCUUUAUUGUACAUAUUAUUCUAUAACAAAAAAAGGUGUAAAUAAAGUUUAUAUUUAACAGUA